AUGGCCAAAGGAGUUUUUGAGCCAGAUCUAGAAGUGUGUGAGAUGAUCGAUGAGUCCGAUUCUACCGAGGAUUCUGAUGACGAAGACUACGAAUUGGGCGACAACUUAUUUUCUAAAGCUUCAAGUAAAGUGAGUAAGCCUAAGUCUUCGACCACAAAAAAAUAUAAUUUUAAACUUCUGAGGAAAAAACUUGGCUCUGUGUCAAGAAAAACAAAGAGAAAGUUGGACGUCCACCGUGAAACUAAGGACGACACAUUGAGUCCACCAAACACAUCGAGAUUGUUUCAGAUCGUUAUAGCGAGAAAACACGCCAGAUUGUCAAGCUGCCUUCAGAGAACAUACCUGUCACUCGCAUCUGAUGAUAAGUUCGUGACCAUAGCGGAAGUAUUGAGCUUUGUUUGUGAAUGUGCAGGCUUUAAACCGAAUUUGGUGAACAGGAGGUACUUGAGCACAGAUUCGGAAAAAAAAGAUUCACAGUCUGGAACGAUUAGUUCAGAAAUUACGUUGGAUAAUUUCGGAUGGGAUUCGUUCAGAAACUGCUACCUGAGUCUGCCGAGUUCAGUGACCUACGAGGACGUGCUCAGGUACAGAGAUAAGCCGGACCCCGAAGACGAGGCGAUCUACGGCAAGAACAUUAACUCGGAGGACUGUGAUUCUAUUUCGUCGCUAUUUUACAACAUGUCUAACUAUCGCAUUAGGAACCUGACGAAGAUGCUUGAAGGGAAGGAGGGCUGGAUGAUAGACCUGGGAAGCGUGGGCUUCGUGCGCUUCUGCGAGUUUUUCAACGAGCUGGUGCUGCAGGCGGAGACACAGUACUUCAAGGACCUGCUCGAGCUGAUACAGUGGGUGCUGGCGCUGAGCCUGUGCCCAUACAGGCCGAUCAGACUGCUGAGUUGCGUGGCCUGCAACGAGAUGGUGUCGUCACUAUUGGCGAAGCUGGACACGCUGAGGAAGGACCAGGUGGUGCUGAAGAAGCAGCUGCAGGUGGAGGCGGAGUUGGACAAGAGAAUGUCAGGGCGCCUGGGAAAGAGCGCAGUGAGUCUCAGCGGCUCGACGCUGGAGCUGUACAAGAGGCUGACCCUGGUGAACACGACGUGCAAAGUGGUCUCGUCCUUCGUGAAGGCGACCUUUUCCAUAAACUACUCGUCGAAGCUGUUCGACGUGUCCCAGGACAUAAGGAUGCUCUCAGCAUACUACAUGGUUGUGCACUACCUGAUUAACCCAUCAAUGUACGAGCAUAGUUUAUACGUGGAGUUGGUAGGCAGGUUCGUACUCAACCAGGACGAAAACCUGGUGCUGCUGCUAAAGUACCUGCUGGUCUACAGAGGAAGAAUUGGACACAAGGUGGUCGACAAGUUGCUGGCCAUAUACCCCAAUGCCAGAGGGGAGGCGAAUGAGCUGAUAGAGUUUAUCCUACUGAAAUUCCUGAACGAAGAGAACAAGGGGGAGUCCGAUGGAGGCUCUGCUACAAGGAAAGAGGCUGUUUCCAAAUCAGAUGAAAUUGAAGCAGAUGAGGUGAGUAGAACGAAGAAUAAGGUGGCGGAGAAGCUGCUUAACGACGAUUUCGUGUAUGAAAGUGUGAUAAACAGAAAUAGCGUGUAUUUCUGCUCGCUUUUCCUGUCCACUCACUUCCCAAGUUAUAGAUUCACAGUGACAUUUAACCUGAACCUGGCUCAAAUAAAGAGUAGAUUUGGAUAUCUGAUGAACGAGAAGAAUAAGGCAUACAACAAUCACGUGUACACGUACACUAGGGUGGGCUCGGAAGAUGGAGGUGGGCAGAAAGAUGAAGAGGAGGAGGAAGUUAGGAAGAUGAAGCUGCUGUGUAAGCUGUUGUCGAAGCAUCAAAGGAGAGCGCGUUUUAAGAAGUUUUUAAAUAACAUGGUCUUGAGUCUGAUGAAAUUGGACUUCUUCAGCUGGAGCCUGAGCGGGAUCAAGUUCAGAAACUACAGCAGGUUAGCAACAGUACUAGAGUGCCAGGGAGUGUACAAUCAAGUGCUGUUGGCGGUGACUGAUAACGUGGGAGUGAAGGCUCGAGAGGGCGCUGAAAGUGCGUUUGAGAAUCACGAGGAGGAAAGAGUGAGAAGCAUGGAAGACUUUGUAAAAAAUUCACACGAGGUGUACAGGUUGAACAAGAACAGCACUAGCAACUUGAGCUGUAUCUUUGGAAUAUAUAGAAACCUGCUGAAACAUAAGCCAGGGAGAGUCCACAAGUUGGCGGACCUGAUCAUCAGCAAGCUCAACUACAUACUGGAGCACGCCGAUCUGACUUCGAAAGCAAUAAACAUACUGUCGAGUAUGCUGACCGAUGGAAGUGGUUUGUUAGAGGUAGAAAGGAGGAGGAUAUCAGGAGCAGAGAGGAGUAGAGAGGUGGGAAGUGAAACGGAGAGUAUUUCUAGUCUCGAAAGGUAUAAAGCCAAAAUCAACAGUGUGUUUAAAAGCAAUGUGGUAAAGUUAGUUAAGCACAUAGAAAGUGGCUUUGGGGAGGAUGAGUUGGUAGGUGGAUACAAAGGAUCUAAAUCGGUAACAAAUCACAGUUUGAGCACUAGAGAGGAAACGCAGAACGUGAAGCUGGUAAUAUUUGCGUUGAAUCAGUUCCUCACGGCCUUUAACUUUGUAACACUGAGCUCGAAUGAUAUACUGACGAUCUAUAACCUAUUGGAGAAGGAAAGAGUGGAUGAAAGAUUAAGCGAUGACAGAGUGGUGAGGAUGUUUAGAAGGAGUGGAUUGUACUGGGAACUCUUGAUAUUGUACUAUUUGGUGUACGAGCAUGUAAUAUAUAACACGGUUAGCGACGGAAAAUAUCAGUUUGAAAGGUUGGAUGAGUUGGGGCACAAGCUCCUGUGUCUGAUGCUGAAUGCAGCCAAUUUUAGAAAAAGUAGAAGAAUGUUUGUAGCGCUCUCCAGCGCGUUCAACGUAAUGAAGCUGUCAAACUCAGGGUUCCUCCACAGGAAGGGAGGGCUUAAGCUGGAAGAAGGAGUGGUGGAUCAUUUGGAACGCUGCAUUAUGCACCUGCUGGAGGAAGCAUAUAGAACGCGAGAGGGAGGCCAGGGAAAGGAAAGUAGAGAUGGACAGUUUAAGAGGAAGGAGAGGACGUUGAGUUUGGAGAAUGACGGAGGAAUAAGUGUAAACUACAAGUACUACUUCGAUGAGGAGUGCUUGAGGCACCUGACGCCAGUCUACAUAGCGGAAAGCCUGAUCUACCAGUGCGUCAAGACGCUGAACUCGGAACUGUUUAACAGUAAUAUGUCAGUGGCGCUGGUGGUCAGCAGCUGCGGCGGAGUCGAGAGGCUGCGGAAGGCGUCCCUGAAGUACCUGGAGAUACUUAACAGGCUCGACCUGUGGCUGUUCAACCUGGUGACGCUGCACACGAUGUUCACGCUGUAUGAACUGUCAGAAAACGUGCUGCUGGAGAGAGUGGUGAGCACGUUCAACAGUUUUCAGAAUGAACGCUACCACCAGGCGAUCUACCACGCGAUGCAGUACAUCAACAAGAGCCAGUCCAACGAAAAAUUCCUGAGGUACCUGACGAUGAUGGCCGUGAGCAACGUGUCAGUGAGGAGCAGACUGCUGAGGUGCAUACGAGUGAACGCAACCACGGGCACACGCAGAUACAACGUGGUUAAGAUCAUCGCCAGGAUACUAAGGAGCGUUGACAUGGAUGACAGGAGUUUCAACAGCAACCUGCUGUUCCUGAGGAGAAGCUUGGACGCAAAGGCGGUGGAACGACUGUGCAGGCUCGUCGAAAGGAGCAUACAGCAAGGGGCAAAAGCAACGAGAACCACAGAAAAGAGUGCACAGGGGCCCCUAGUGGCAGAACCGUUGGGAUCGACGCAAUUGCCGCCUGCAGAGUCGCAGGCAUUGAAGAGGACUAAGGUGUCCUCGAGGUCAACUUUGGAUGACACGACGUUGGUCCCGGAUGAUUGCGGCUCAUUCAAUGAUAACACCACCGACGGAGCCCCGAUGGACGAAGAUGGGAACUUUGAGAACGACGACAACGAGUUUCUAAUAACAAACGAUGGCGACACCGUGAAACAGCCACUGGCACCCAGCGUUGGCAUUAGAAACAAAAUCCCUCCCAUUGAACUCAGGGACGACGAACUUGACCUGAGCGACAUACAGGGCGUUGACGAGUACGAGCCGGUGUUCGACAGCCUCAGCGAGGGCGAGGACGCCGAGCCGCCCAAGAGCUCCUGCGUGCCGUCUCAGAGACUUAAACCAUAA